AUGGAUACACUUCAAGCAACAUACAAAGACGAAGAAGAUGAAGACGAAGACCUUCCACUCGCCACCACAACCGCACCCACCGCCGACCAACCCGCUGCCUACGUUGCCACCGAUAUGGAAUCAACAUACGCACCUCUCGUCACUGCCAGCACCCCUUCUGACACCCUCACCGAACCCCAAAACGAUGGAAAAUCGGAGCUCGAUCCCUCCGAUGAUCUCUCCUCCGACGAAGCUGCAUCAAACGGCUUGAAUUCCCCAAAACAGAGUAGAGGAGACGCUGAUGAAGAUGAAGAAGAACCGCCUCCGAAGAAGCAGAAGCAACUGUCUUCUCUCGUCAAGGAAGAAGAAUCGGUGUCAUUGCCGGAGGAAAACAACGGGACGGGAAAUGCUGCUGCGUCAACUGCAACGACAUCGACGCCGGCAAACGGAACUGUGAAGAAAUCGAAGAAAAAGAACAACAAUGUGUGGGCAACGAAAUCAACAAGGAAAGGGAAAAAGAAAAGCAAAAACAACAAUAAUAACAACAACCAUCAAACAAAUGGUGGAGAAGACAGCGUUCUGGUAACGCCGGUACCAAGGUUCCCGGAUAAAACGGACGAUACACCGGAUAUGAAGAUAUGUUUAUCAAAGAUAUACAAAGCGGAAAAAGUAGAGUUGAGUGAGGAUAGGUUGAGUGCAGGGAGCACAAAGGGUUAUAGAAUGGUUAGGGCAACAAGAGGGGUAACUGAAGGAGCUUGGUACUUUGAGAUAAAGGUUGUGAGGUUAGGGAAGACUGGACACACACGUUUAGGAUGGGCUAUGGAGAAGGGUGAUUUGCAGGCACCUGUUGGGUAUGAUGGGAAUAGUUUUGGGUAUAGGGAUAUUGAUGGUAGUAAGAUUCAUAAGGCUUUGAGGGAAAAGUAUGGUGAUGAAGGUUAUGGAGAAGGUGAUGUUAUUGGGUUCUAUAUUAAUUUGCCCGAUGGAGAUAAGUAUGCCCCGAAAAACAAGCAGUUGGUUUGGUAUAAAGGACAAAGGUAUGCAUUUGCUCAAGAUGCUAAGGAAGAUCCACCCAAAGUUGUGCCUGGAAGUGAAAUGUCUUUCUUUAAAAAUGGUGUAUGCCAAGGUGUUGCUUUCAAGGACCUCUAUGGUGGUCGUUACUUUCCUGCUGCUUCAAUGUAUACUUUGCCAAAUGAACCAAACUGCACAGUAAAGUUCAACUUUGGUCCUGACUUUGAAUUUUUUCCUGAAGAUUUCAAUGAACGGCCAAUUCCCAAGCCAAUGAUUGAAGUUCCUCAUCAUGGUUUUGACAAUCAAGUUGAAAAUGAGAAGAAAUCAAAUGGGGAGUCAGAUGAGAAGAAAUCAAAUGGAGAGUCAGACGCGAAGAAAUCCAAUGGAGAAUCAGAAGAAAAUAAAUCAAACGAAGGAUCGGAUGAGAAGAAAUCAAAUGGAGAGUCGGCCGAGAAGAAAUCAAAUGGAGAGUCGGCCGAGAAGAAAUCUAAUGAAGAGUUGGCCGAGAAGAAAUCAAAUGGAGAAGAAAUCAAAUGA